UGCCAACAGCCGUCAGCAGAUUUGCCAACAUGAAUAGAUUUUGUUGCGGUAACAUUAUCUUCAAGAGUUAGACAAGAUGCAAAAUCCGAAAGCAAAAAUGGAUGAAAUUAAAACAAAAUUCAUGGAUUUAUUAAACAAACAGACCAAUCGUCAAGUAAAAAUUCCGGCUAUGGGAUUUUCCGAUUAUUUUAUACAAACAGUAACAGCAGCAGAAUCUUUAAAAUCGGAUAAUUUAGAGAAAACGCAAAGUUCGGAAAAUGAUGCAGAAAUAAUCAACGCACAAAAAUCUGACCAGGAAAUUUUAGAAAGUAUAGAACAUAUAUAUUUCCAGGUAGAAAGUGACACGGAUAUGUAUGAAUUAAAGAAAGUACUCGGUAAUGGUGUAAAUUACGAUUUGAUAAACUCCACAAUAGCACAACUGCGGAAACAACAUAAAGUAUUAUCGAAGAAAGUGAGACAAAAUAUUUUAGAACAGCGAAGUGCGUGCAAUGAAGAAUUUGUUGCUAUCAAUGAAACUCAAAAAGAAUUGGAGCAAGCUCUAUGGACAUGCCGUAAAGCACGCUCGUAUCUCAACUACGCACGAACAAAUUUAACUACAACUAGUUUGGAAAUUUUAGCCUCUUAUCGUAAACGGGAAAUUCUUAAAGAAUUAUUAAAUAGUUUGCAAGCUGUAAAGAAACUGAAAUCCACUGAUGUCGAGGUACAAAAAUUAUUGAGUGACUGCAAUUACUCUGGAGCCAUUUCCCUUCUAUUAAGAUGUAAAAAUUUUGCGGUGGAAUUUAUGGAAUAUAACUGCGUGCAGUCAUUAAAUAAAAAACUGCAAGAAACCCUACUGUUAACAGAAUAUCAACUAGAUACGGUACUUAAUGAGAUGAUCUUAAAUUUCGAUAUGCAGAAAUAUGCUAAACUCCAAGAAGCUUAUAAGCUAUUAAAUAAAUCCCUUAUGGCUAUGGAUCAACUUCAUAUUCAUUUCAUUUCUGCUAUACAUUCUUCCGUAAAUUCUGUAAUACGUGGUUAUAAUGAUCCGAAUGUGGAUGAAAAUUUGAAAUACCUUUAUGAGCAGUUGUGCGAGAACGUGGAAGCCGACAAAUAUAUACCAUGUUUAAUCAGUUUAUGCAAAACAUUUUGGACCAUAUUAGCAUCUUAUUAUCAAAUGGUUAUGUGGCAUCAAAACUACAAAUUAUAUUCAGUAGAUACAGCGGAAUCACCUGAUCUUUACAUACAAGAGAAACUGAAAAAAGGCAAAUCACGCAUUUGGAACGAUAUACUUACAAAAAUUUGUACAUUUUUGCAAAGCUCUAAACUAAAAACCCUAAAAUAUGAUCAAUUCAUUCAGGUGCUAUCCAUCAUACAGAGACUUAAGAAAGUGGGAUUAGAAUUUUGUGGUGAGCAUUCAGACAAAUUAAUAGAGAUUAUGCAAAUUCAGAGCGAGGAAUUCUUUCAACGUUACCAUAUCGCUUGUUUGGAAGAAAUAUGCUUAUUUCUAGACAAUGAAUCGUGGACUGUUGUAGAUUCAUUUGGAAAUAUAUUGCAAUUGCCGGAGUUUCGUUCGGUCCGUCAUACCUUGCGGAGGCAUAAAUCGCCGCCAGUUGUUCUGUUAAUUAAUUCACCAUCCGUGGAACAUUCUCCUACUAGUAAUAAUAAUUGUGAUGAGCUAGUUUCAGUGCAUUCUCAAGACGCUGUCAGCUCCAUAUAUGGUUCCUAUGGUUAUUUUUUACGUUUUAGCGAAAAAAGUUCACCAUUCGAUGGGGGCUUGGAUGUAGCUAUGUUGGAAGAAGAUAUUCUAUCAGGUAUAGUUGAUGAGGCUUCAUGCUAUUUCAGCGAAGAAAGUGAUGAUGAACACAAAAGUUUACAAAGCAAAGAAUGUGAAGACUUAACAGGCUGCAUUUCGGUAACCGUCAACAAUACGACAUUAAAUGUUUUUCGCUGUAUUGGACGCUAUUUGCAAAUGUGUAAACUAUUGCAUUGCAUAUCCCCGAAAAUAGUAAUGAGCAUGCUGGAGUUAAUGGAUUUCUAUGCCUUUGCCGUGCAUGAAAUAUUUGCUAAAGAUUCCGUUGUACAAAUGGAAAACUUUUAUUCUCCAAAACUUGAAGAAAAAUUAGAAUAUGUCAGCCAUCAUGUAGUACCAAAUAUUAAAAUUUGGCCCCUCAACUUUUCCUCACUGAUUAACAAUGAGCUUGCUAAUCCAGAUACUUUGUACGGUCUUUCGCAACGCAUCGUAGCUGUUGAAAGUGGUCAUUGUAUGGUUCAACAAUUUCAGAUAUUACAUACUUACUUGAAUCACUUGCUGCCCGCACAAGAGCGCUCAAUGUUGAAAAAUUAUUUUGAUUACCUUAAUUUUAUGAUGGAUGUAGGCAAACCUGUCUACACCUGUGUAACUUCGCGUGUUAUAGAUUUAACGGCUAUACUAACAAUGAUGGCCAAAGUUAAAUGGGAUGUUAAUCAUGUGAGCUUUCAGCAUAACAAUUACAUAGAUAUCAUGAACAGGAAUAUACAAAACUUUGCUAUGCGCUUGGAAGAAAUUGGUAAAGAAAUUGCUGUACCAGCCGAACCGGUUUGGAACUCAAUGACCCAUGUAGCUACACAUCUACUUGUGGAAGGAUUUUCAAAUGUAAAAAAAUGUUCCGCCGGUGGCCGUGCUCUUAUGCAACUCGAUUUUACCAAUUUUAUGUCGAUUCUCGAACUAAUAUCGAAUCAAAAAUACCCUGAAUGUCGAGCUUAUGUAGAUUUAUUUAUUAAAGCUUAUUACUUCUCGAAUGAACAAUUUGAAGAAUGGAUUAUUGAACAAAAGAAUCUCCAAACACAACAAUAUACGAACAAACAAUUAACGAAUCUUAUCGUUUGCGCAUGCAUUAGCGAUAAACGAACUCGUCAAAAAUUAUUGAAUCUCGUCGGCAAUGAUCAUCAUUUAAAUACGAGUAGUACAAGUAGUACUGCCACUACAUAGCCAAGCACAAAUACUUCUAUAUAAAUACUAUAAAUUGUUAAUUAUGGUUGCUAGCCGACACACGAGCAAUUUGCGAAUAUAUAAUUUAGUUGAAUUUUCUUAUUAAACACCAAAUGAUUUUAUUUAACAUUCCAUUUUUUUUUUUUUUUUUAUGAAAUAAUUCUUUA